AUAGUUAAAAAAAAACGAAUCUUUCAGUUGAAAAAAAGAAAACAGAAGAAAGAAAAAAGAAACAUGAUUCACUUAACGCGGUGUUGUUGGCUGUUUUUAGUUCAGCCAGUUUUGUUUAGAUUUAUACAAUCUUUUCAAAAAAAUUCACAUAAAAUUACUAAAACAAAUGAUAAUUUUUUUUAAUCAUAUCAAAAACAUCACCACUGUACAAAAUUUUAUAUAAAAAAAUGCAUUGAUUUUUACCAUUGUUCUUAGCUUUAGCAGCUGAUUAUCUUUGCUUUUCAACAUUCUUUUCUUUCAUUGAUUACUUUACAGUUUACAGUACCAAAAAUAGUCUCCAUUUAGGUUUGAUCAACAAUGAGCAUAUAGACAUUGUAUUUGAUUGAUCAUACCCGCCGAGGACAAGACCGGGAUUUUCUCAUAAAGAUGGUUCUUGGGCUAAGAUCGAAGAAUCGAAAAGGCGCUUCGGUGCAGGUUGAUUACCUGAUUAAUGUACAAGAAAUCAAGCCUUGGCCCUUAUCACAGAAUCUGAAAUCUGCAGAAUCUGUAUCGUUUCUGUGGGAGAAUGGCGAGCAGAGUUCUGGUUCGUUCACUUCCGUUGUCGGAGAUGGGAAAAUCGAGAUAAACGAGUCGUUUAGGCUGCCUGUCACGUUUUAUAAAGAAGUAUCCAAAAGAGGCAGUGUUCGCGAUAGUUUUCAGAAGAACUACUUAGAGUUUAGCUUGUAUGAGCCUCGAAAGGACAAGCCAAUGAAAAGUCAACUCUUGGGAUCAGCAGUUAUAAACCUGGCAGAUUAUGGUAUCAUCCAUGGUUCCAUAAUCAUAAGCGCUCUGAUUAACUUCAAGAAGAGUUCUAAGAGUACAGUGGAGUCAGUUCUUUAUGUUAAUAUCCAACAAUUUGAAAGACAUAACGUGAGCUUGUCUAAAGAGGUAUCACUAGACAGGGAUGGAAGUGAAUCUGUUUCAGAAGUGACUUAUGACGGGAAUGACGACGAAAGGGAGAUUGCCUCCUUCACCGAUGAUGACAUUGAUGAUAAUGUUUCUUCACAUUCAUCGAGGACAGUGUCCUCUUUUGCUAUGGAGUCUAACAGAGGCUCACCUGGUCAAGAUGAAAAGAUCUUACAAGGAUCAGAAAAUGGUGGAAGACGGAGGAUCAAUGAGGAGCAUACUGAGCAUACUCUGCCGUCAGGUGCAGCAUCUUCAAAUCCAGCAGUGAAAUCUACAACCGGGGCUUUCAAACAACUGAAUGGAGCUUCAUCCCCUCCACCAUCAAAGAGUGUAUCAUCUAAUUCACGGGGUCCUGUGAAUGAUAAUUUAUGCAAAGCGGCAUCAUCAGAUGACUGUGUUCAGGUUAAGAAUUCAAACCAUGUAGAGAAUGAAACUUAUCAAACCAAUCAACAGACUGGUAGAAAAGGUCGAAAAGUUGACGUAAGUGUGUCAGAAAUGACUGCAACUAGUAAUUUACAUGUUGGUAUUAUGGAAAAUAAAUUGAAAAAGGAGCAAUAUGACAAUGAACGCGAUUUGAAGUUUUUAGAGGAAAAGCAACAUACUUUAGAAGAAAAAGAGCCAGUUGUUAACUUACCUCGAGAAGCAACGGGAAGGCAAGGCAAACUAAGGAGUAAUACCCUUGCUAACAACAGGGCAUCAAAUGGAGUACAGGGCAAUACACGCCGAGAUAAACUAAAACAUUUACAAUCUGUUCAGUUACAGUUUGAUGUAGAUGAAAGUGACGAGCCUGUCAGCAAUAUCCAGUUUAUCAAGAAAGCAAAGAAAAUUGAUAUUCCAGAAAUUGUUCGUAGAAGUGUCAUAAGCGACAGGAAAGAAACAGCCAACAACCGCCCCGGAAAUAAAGUCCAAUUGAAACCUGAAAUUGAAAUUCAAGAGGAAGAGUUACUUAUGGCUGGUGAUGCUGAAGAGACUGGUCAUGUCUCAGCUAUUGCUGAGCCUGAAAACUUUAAAAAGAAGGUCCAGCUCAUAGAAAAGACCGAGAUAAUUAAUAUCCCCGAAAAUAUCCGUAAACCUGGUUUGAAUUGUCCACCAAGUGAGAUAGAACAGCAGAAAAAUAGCUUUUCUGGAAACAAUAUAGAAUUGGAGUCCGAAGUUGAAAUGCUCAAGGAAGAGUUGAUUGAAGCUGCUGCUGUUGAAGUCGGCCUUUACUCAGUUGUUGCUGAACAUGGGAGUUCUAUAAACAAAGUCCAUGCGCCGGCUAGGCGUCUUUCAAGGUUUUAUCUGCAUGCUUGUAAAGCGAGUUCACGAGCUAAGAAGGCAAAUGCAGCUAGAGCUAUUGUCUCAGGAUUAGUUUUGGUUUCUAAAGCAUGUGGAAAUGAUGUUUCUAGGUUAACUUUCUGGCUGUCAAAUUCCAUUGUUCUGAGAGCAAUUUUAUGCCAGAAUGUUGAGAAAAUGCAAGUUCCAGCAGCAACAUCUGUCAAUAAAACUGAUAAUCAAAAGGGCAGCCCAAAGUCCUCUUCUUGUGAAGAUAAUGUAACUCUUAAAGUAGAAGGUUGUGAUGAGUGCGAGGAAGACAAAACAUUUAUUGGAGUGUUGGAAAGACUUGAAGCUUGGAUUUUCUCUCGAAUUAUCGAAUCAGUUUGGUGGCAGACCCUGAUUCCACAUAUGCAGUCCACAGCAGUGAAGGGCUCAGAGACAAAGAAAAGUCAUGCAAGAAGGUACGGAUUGGGUGACCAAGAUCAGGGAAAUUUUGCUAUUGAUCUAUGGAAGAAAGCCUUCAGGGAUGCAUGUGAGCGUCUCUGCCCAAUUCGAUCUGGGGGGCAUGAAUGCGGUUGUUUGCCUCUGCUAGCUAGAUUGGUAAUGGAGCAAUUGGUGCACAGAUUGGAUGUGGCUAUGUUCAAUGCCAUUCUUCGUGAAUCAGCUGAAGAGAUGCCAACCGAUCCCGUCUCUGAUCCCAUUAGUGAUCCGAAGGUCCUUCCAAUACCAGCUGGAAAAUCAAGCUUUGGUGCCGGCGCACAGCUGAAAAAUGCUGUAGGAAAUUGGUCCAUGUGGCUCACAGAUUUAUUUGGAAUUGAUGAUAAAGAUGAACUUGUUGAAAGCAGCAACAGACCAGACUCUGAGACUUCAUUCAAGAUUUUCCAUCUUCUCAAUGGAUUGAGUGAUCUCAUGAUGCUUCCGUUUGAAAUGCUUGCAGACAGAUCAAUAAGAAUAGAGGUUUGUCCUAUCUUUGGUGCUCAGAUUGUUAAGAGGGUUCUUAGCAAUUUCGUCCCGGAUGAAUUCAACCCAGACCCUAUUCCAGAUUCAGUUUUCAGCUCCCUAGAUUCUGAGAACCAACCUGAAGAUGGGAAGGAGUCUAUCACAAGCUUCCCAUGCAUAGCCACUCCUACAAUAUACUCACCACCUUCCACAGCUUCACUAAUAAACAUCAUAGGAGAAGUCGGAACUGAAACUUUGCAGAGAAGCGGAUCAUCAUUGCUUAAGAAAUCUUACGCCAGCGAUGAUGAGCUUGACGAGUUGGAUUCACCUUUGGCUUCUAUCAUUGUUGACAAUUCCAGAUCUUUUCCUGCUUCAACGCCGUCCUAUCGGACGCCAAAGGGUAAUGGUGGCAGGAACGUUGUUAGAUAUGAACUACUCCGGCAAAUAUGGAAGGAUGACGAAUAGCAUUUUUCAUUUGUUUUCCUCGUCUGUUGUCUCUCUCUGUCACGUGUAUAUAGAAACGUGUAACUUUUUCUGUGGCCUACUUUUGAGCUGUAAAUUUUUCGAUUCUAUAAGAGUUAAAUCCGGAGUUGAUAUUU